AUGUCCGGAUUUUCAGAAAUAGAAAUUUCUGAUUUUAAGGAAGCUUACUCACUUUUCGAUAAGAAAGGCGAUGGAAAAAUCGACUCUGCUCAACUAGGGGACGUUUUAAGAGCCUUAGGGAUGAACCCUACUCAGGCAGAGGUGACCAAAGUUGUCAAAGAGAUCGAUCCCAACGGUGUUAAAAGAAUCAGCUUUGAAGAAUUUCUACCAAUCCUUCAGGCUUCACGGCAGAAGCGUGAUCAAGGAUCUCUGGAGGACUUUGUUGAGGGUUUACGUGUAUUUGACAAGGAUGGCAAUGGUACGAUUAACUCAGCGGAACUUCGGCAUGUGCUGACCAGUUUAGGAGAGAAAUUAAGCGAUGAUGAUGUUGAACAACUAUUGAGUGGUGUCGACGACUCCCAAGGCAUGAUUAACUACGAAGAUUUCGUCAAAAUAAUUAUGGCUGGUUAA